AAGGACCCCAUUGCGAAAUUUAUAUUUUUCUGAAAGAAAAAGGGCAAUGUCUCCUCUGGCAUUUCCCGAUUUCUGCCGGUAGAACAAGCGAUAUCCACCAUGGCAACCGUCGCCGCCGUCGCCGCCGCUCGCUGCAGCCCCCCAACCCGCCGUCAGCUCCUCACCCGCCGCCGCCUCCCGUUCUCAGUUUCCUUCUCCUCCGUCGCGCCGCACGCCGCCGCGGCGGGCUUCGGCUGGGCCGACGCCCUCCGCGUCGCCGGCGAUGGCGGGCGCGGCGACGAGUCCGAUCUCUCCGGGUACUUCCGGAAGGUCGACAUCUGCAACCGGGGAAUGGACAACAAGGGGGAGUUCGUGAAGUUCCUGGUGGAGGAUCAAGUCGUGGGAUAUGUCCACAAGGGAUUUGUUGAGCAUCUCAGAGACUUCCAUGAUGUUUUUUCCAUUGUCUCGGGCAACAAUGGCAGCAAUACUGUGGAAAAUGUGUCUCUCCGGUCAUCACUUAGGACGCCAGAGGACAGAACACAUGCUAUUGGAGAUGUCAUAAAAAACCUCGGAGAAAUGAUUCCAGGUAUUCGGAAUGAGGUACUUAGGAUGGAUACAUGGAUGAUUCAAUUCUUUUGUGAAAUGAUUCAGCUCUACCCAGUAACAUCAUCUUAUGGCAUGCCUGUGUACUUCUCUCUGGAACGUGCUGCUGCUCCCUACUUCGGUAUAAAGGCUUAUGGAGUUCAUAUGAACGGGUAUGUUGAGAAAGAUGGUCAGAAAUUUCUUUGGAUUGGUAAGAGAAGUGAUAUGAAGCAAACAUAUCCAGGAAUGCUUGAUCAUCUUGUUGCUGGUGGCCUGCCAUAUGGAAUCUCCUGCAAAGAGAAUAUCAUCAAGGAAUGUGAAGAGGAAGCUGGAAUUCCAAGAUCCAUAUCAACCAAUGCUACUUCUGUUGGAGCGGUUUCUUACAUGGAUAUUGAAGGCUUCAGAUACAAAAGGGAUGUCCUCUUCUGCUAUGACCUCAACCUUCCUGCAGAUUUUGUUCCUAAUAAUGAAGAUGGAGAAGUCGAUAGCUUCAAACUAAUCCCUGUACAACAUGCUGCAAAUAUUAUCCGCAGGACAGAUUUUUUCAAACCAAAUUGCAACCUUGUUAUCAUCGACUUCCUCUUCCGUCAUGGGUACAUACACCCAGAUUCUCGUGGCUACCUAAAUCUGCUGCAAAGCUUGAGGAGUGGUGAUUGUUCUUAGCUUCCAUAAUCAAAACUAUUCACGGGAUUUCAUUGUCAAAUAUCAGUAUGUGCAUUAUCUUCAGAGUUCUGUUGAUUAGGAUGAGCUUGAGUUAAGGGGACAAAAAGAGAGGAAGAAAUGGUGCUGAAUAAGGAACUCUUGUUAUCCAGUUGUCUGGAUGUCUUUUUGCUGCAGUUCUGGUAAUAGAUGGUGCUGCUGUAUCAUUAUGAAGCUUCAUAUAGGUAUAGGUCCUUAGAUGCCAGUGAGUCAGUGACUACAGCCCACUGUCCACAGUUAAUUUAUGAAGUUUCAUUUGGCCAGACGGUACUUUCGUUUGUGGUCAUCACUUCUCCAAUAACACAAAAAAAAAAAAUCUUAGGAUAUGUUCUGAA